UGUUCACCGAGAGAGUUUCAUUUCAUACCACCGGAAUGGCAAACAUAUUUCUGAUAUUUAUGUGCUUCUUUUUAGCCUCCACAGAGGCUUUAAGCUUUCCAAACCACAAUUGCUCGAAAUAUUUUACAUACGGCAUAGAAGCCAACGGCAGUUACAUAGGCGUUUUUACUGCCGAUAAAGCAGGUGUUCCAGAGUUAAACUUUAAUGCUGUAUUCUUGCACAAGGGCUCUAUACAUCAAGUCAGUGAAUUUGCACCGUACCCAUCAAAAAUUGAUUCCAUGCGUAACAUCGAAAAUGGAUAUCUUGGCCAGGCGUUUGUUCGAUUCGAUAAUUUUACCACUGUACUGCCUACACUAUAUAAUUUUACCUUCAAUGGUAACGAUUUGUGUAAUUCUACAAAUCGAUAUUUCGACCAGACUUUUCUCUUAGACCCAAAAUCAACACGAACAUGCACCUCCAAAGCUAUACGAGAGCGUAAAAACAAUCGGCCAAUAAUGCACCCAAACUUUCCCCGAAUUGAGCCCAAAAUACGCGUAUAAUGCAGAAGAAAAACCAAAAGGAAGGCUAUAUUAGUGUUUCUUGACUAUCAGAUACUCGUUGCUCAGCUAUUUUGGCAUAUUCUUCUACCUGUCACAUACUUUUAAACGAAUCUAGUAUAGCCUUUUACUCUACGAGUGACGGGUACAACAACUACAAAUUAGCAAAUAAAAUUCCAUUUGCAUAAUUUAAAAAAUAACAUUAAUCGUAAAAAAAAAGAUAAAUUAAACAAAAGAUAAUAGCAACGAAGAAAGUUAAUAACAAAAUAUUAAAACAGCAUAGAAACAACAGCGAAGAAGGAGAGUUUUAAUCCAGAUCGUAUACAACAUUGAACUGACAAAGAAAAUUUAUAUUUUAACCCGACGCCAAUAUACUAUUUACUUGUUUUUAUAAUAAGCAAUUGCGCUGACAGUCCAUUUAAAAAGUCUUAAAAUAAAAUCGAGUUCCGUUUUCGGACGUUUCCGUUCGUCCCAAAGCCAAGAAGGCGAAAAGCUUUGGCCAAAAGAAGAUGUAGACGAACCACAAAGGAGAGGAGCCAACCAAGAAGAACAGAGAAGGCCACUAGGAAACCACCUACUUUGUAUCAACAGAUAAAGGUAAAGUUUUUCAAAUAAUUUACUCAGAGACCGAAUCGUAGCAGUCCUGGAGUGUGACUUAGUUCCGAGCUCGGCAGCUGAAUUUCCCCGGAAUCCGAAACGAAAUACAUAAAAGUGUCUUCUGAUUUUUUGGGAGGGUGGCUCGACUGCGGUUUAAACUGUGUUAGUACGAGGUAGUACAACCUGUUGUCGGAGUUCAACUGGCAGCAAAAACUUUUUUAAUACGUUACGAAGCCGUUGCACCCCGCAGCCACAGUUUUGGCCACCGACCUUACUUCACUUCGGGCUCCAUUAGGGUAACGAAAACUUUACUUUCGACUGCUGUCUAACGAAAAAGCUGGAGUAUAAGCCAUGAUUGAGAGGUGCAGACAUAUACCCGGCUGCGAGUCUCCCCUUUUUCGUGGGGGGUAUAUAAAUAUUUUGGCCGCAGGGUCGCCAUCUUUCGUUUCCUUCUCCAUUUAACUUUCCCUGCGGUUGUUAUUGUUAUUGCGCUCGAUAUUAGCAGGACAUUAUUAAAAUUAUGUACCUUUCCACCCGCUCAGCACUUUCCAUCGCUCCUCGAUUCCUCGCUCCUGUUUUGGAAAACCCCUCUCCCGGCGAAAAAGUUGCAUAAAUUGUUUUGUUAUUAAUGCCGGGCUGGGCCAUUGAGCGCUGAAACGACUGACAGGUGUUUAAAUUUCAAAACUUUUAAUGGCAGCGCCAGCCACAACCA